AUGGCCACCGAUGAUGACACAAGCCUGACAGCAGACCUGAAAGCGAGGAUCAAAGCCGACUUUCAGAAACGCUAUACCGGCGACGUAGCUCAGACCCUCCAGAAUACGGCCACGUGGUUGGACCCUCGCUACAAAACUGCAUACUUGACCGAGGAGGAAUGCAGAAAUGCCGCGGACAAAAUAAAGGAUGAGAUGAUUGCGUUCGAAGUAGAAUGGGCACUGGCAGGUGAUACUGCUGAUGAAGCUCAUCGAAACGAAGAUCCUAACGCAUCAGACAACAAUGAGAACGUCAACGACCAACCAGCAGCAAAGAAAACGAAAAAAUCACUUGCAGAACUUCUGGGGCAAGUGAAAAAAACGUCAACAUCAGCUAACGCAACUACUCCUGCUGCUCGGAUCGAUCUUGAGAUGUCCCGGUACGUCUCUGCACCCGAAAUUGAGCUGGAUGCAAACCCUCUGCAAUGGUGGAGUAUGCAUGCUGGUGUAUAUCCAUCGUUGGCCAAACUUGCACGCAAAUACUUGUGUGUUUGUGGCACAAGCUCUGCAUCCAAACGACUUUUCAGUGUCGCUGGUAACAUUGUUACGGCCAAGCGGUCCCUAGUGAAGCCACACAAGGUUGACAUGUUGGUUUUCUUGGCCAAAAACCUAUGA